AUGGCCAAGCAGGUGCUGGACCUCUACAUGCUGUACAAGCUGGUGACGGAGAAAGGCGGAUUAGUGGAAGUCAUCAAUAAGAAGAUCUGGAGGGAGAUCACCAAGGGCCUCAACCUGCCCACCUCCAUCACCAGCGCCGCCUUCACGCUCCGCACGCAGUACAUGAAGUACUUGUACCCGUACGAGUGUGAGAAGCGCGGGCUGAGCUCCCCCGCAGAGCUGCAGGCGGCCAUCGACAGUAACCGGCGAGAGGGCCGACGGCAGAGCUACGGAGCCGCACUGUUUAACUACUCCCCCGUCAGCCCCCCCUCCCUCCUGGCCCCGCCCAAAGUGCACCUGCCCCACCUCUCACUCACCUCCCACACCAGCGCACACCUCAGCCAGAUGACCAGCAUCAAGAAAGACCCAAAGAAAACUUACACUAGAACUGAGCAGACGGGUCAAAACCCAUCACCUGUCCAGCUGGUGUCUGGUCCUGUCCAGCUGGUGCCUGGUCUUGUCCAGCUGGUGCCUAGUCCUGUCCAGCUGGUGCCUGGUCCUGUCCAGCUGGUGUCUGGUCCUGUCCAGCUGGUGCCUGGUCUUGUCCAGCUGGUGCCUAGUCCUGUCCAGCUGGUGCCUGGUCCUGUCCAGCUGGUGCCUGGUCCUGUCCAGCUGGUGCCUGGUCCUGUCCAGCUGGUGCCUGGUCCUGUCCAGCUGGCCUCAAUAGAGCCGCUGUCCAGCUGCCUGCCGGGCCCCGGGGCCCACUCCCACUCCCACCACAUGGGGGUUGUGCAGGCUGCUGCUCUGGAGAGCCUCAGGGAGAAGCUGGAGCUCACUGAGCCUCCAGAGAAGAAGAUGAUGAUGGAGGAACACAGACUGAUGCAGCAGGCUCUACAGCGCAACCUACUGGCCAUGGCCACACAACUGCCACUCAACAUCUCCCUCAGCAACACAGAUGAUAGACAAGGGGCCGCAUUGAACCUGUCUACCCACGGCAUUAGCAGCAUCAACAUGUCAAUAGAAAUAAAUGGACUUGUCUACACAGGCCUCCUCUUCGCUCGGCAGUCGACUCACGGUGAGGGGCCCAAACACAGCGGGGGGCCCCACACUCAGGGAAAGAGCAGUCCGGCUCUGCACGCACACUUGAACCAUCUCUCCUCCUCGUCCUCCUCUUCCUCACUGCACGGACACAGAGGCUCCUCCCCCUGA